AUGGCGUCCUACCUUGAAAAUGCCUACAGUCUGGUCCACAUGGACAACACAGCCGAUCAGCCCACCUUGCAGGAGCUGCGACUGCAGUUGGAAAAGGGCAAUGAUGAGACCAAGUUGGAGACCAUGCGGACAAUCAUCACGAUUCUGCUCAACGGAAACCCCAUGCCCGAUAUUCUGAUGCACAUCAUUCGUUUUGUCAUGCCUUCUAAGAGCAAGCAAUUGAAGAAGCUGCUAUAUUUCUACUAUGAGAUCUGCCCCAAGCACGACUCCUCUGGCAAGCUGAAGCAGGAGAUGAUUUUGGUUUGCAAUGGCAUCCGUAACGACUUGCAACACCCCAACGAAUAUAUUCGAGGAAACACUCUCCGCUUCCUGUGCAAACUCCGCGAACCUGAACUCAUCGAGCCCCUCCUGUCCUCGGCCCGCUCAUGCCUGGAACACCGCCAUGCAUACGUACGAAAGAACGCUGCCUGGGCAGUCGCCUCGAUUUUCCAACACUCCGAGCCCCUCAUCCCCGAUGCCCCCGAACUCCUCCAGACCUUCCUUGAAUCGGAGACCGAUAGCACCUGCAAGCGUAAUGCGUUUGCGGCCCUUGUCUCUAUCAGCCACCAGAAAGCGCUUGAGUACCUCGGCACGACUUUCGAUACCAUUCCUAACACCGAUGAGCUGCUUCAGCUGGCGGAGCUGGAGUUCCUGCGCAAGGAUGCGGUCCAGAACCCUCAGAACAAGUCGCGGUAUCUCAAACUCAUGCUUGAGCUCCUCGAUGCUCCAACAAGCACUGUCGUCUACGAGGCUGCUACCUCUCUUACCGCCCUGACUAGCAACCCCGUCGCCGUGAAGGCCUCUGCCGCCAAGUUGAUUGAGCUCGCUAUCCGGGAGGCCGAUAACAACGUCAAGCUUAUUGUGCUAGAUCGCGUGGAUCAGCUGCGUAUCCGCAAUGAGGGUGUGCUGGAGGAUUUGACUAUGGAGAUCCUGCGCGUGCUCUCCAGCCCCGAUAUUGAUGUCCGGAGAAAGGCCCUGGGCAUUGCAUUGGAGAUGGUUUCGAGCAAGAAUGUUGAAGAGAUCGUGAUGCUGCUUAAGAAGGAGCUCGCUAAGACCGUGGAUGAGCAAUAUGAACAGAACAGCGAAUACCGCCAACUCCUCGUUCAAUCAAUACACACUUGUGCCAUCAAGUUUUCUGAGAUCGCCGCUAGCGUGGUUGACCUGCUUAUGGACUUCAUUGCUGACUUUAACAACAACUCCGCCGUGGAUGUCAUCUCAUUUGUUAAGGAGGUCGUUGAGAAGUUCCCUGACUUGCGUGGGGCUAUCGUUGAUCGCCUGGUGUCGACUUUGAGUGAAGUUCGGGCUGGUAAGGUCUACCGUGGUGUUCUUUGGGUCGUUGGAGAGUACUCCUUGGAAGAGAAGGAUAUCCGUGGGGCCUGGAAGAAGAUUCGUGCCAGUCUUGGUGAGAUCCCGAUCUUAGCUUCCGAGCAGCGCCUGCUCGAUGAGGUUCCUGAGGACACUGCGCUUCUGCAACAAGAGCAGACCAACGGCCAUGCUAAGACUGCUCCCACUGGCUCUCGCAAGGUGUUGGCUGAUGGCACAUACGCUACCGAAAGUGCUCUUACCAGCCAGUCUGCUGCCGCUGCUCGCCUCGAGGCCGUUAAAGCUGCACAGAAGCCACCGCUGCGUCAACUCAUUUUGGAUGGUGACUACUACCUGUCAACUGUCCUUUCGUCCACACUUACCAAGCUUGUCAUGCGCCACUCUGAGGUCUCGCAGGACAGCGCUCGCACAAAUGCCCUCCGUGCCGAGGCUAUGUUGAUUAUGAUUUCCAUUCUGCGCGUUGGCCAAUCUCAUUUCGUCAAAGCCCCGAUUGAUGAGGACUCUGUUGACCGUGUGAUGACUUGUGUCCGCUCGCUGGCUGAAUUCUCCGAGAAGAAGGACCUCGAGGCUACCUUCCUGGAGGAUACCCGCAAGGCAUUCCGCGCCAUGGUCCAAGUGGAGGACAAGAAGCGGGCCGCGAAGGAGGCCGUCGAGAAGGCUAAGACUGCCGUUCAGGUCGACGAUUCUAUUCCCAUCCGACAAUUCACGAAAAAGAACACCGUCGAGGGAGCUGAGGAGAUUGAGAUGGAUCUCGUCAAGGCCACUGGUGGUGACUCCGUUGUUGAGAACGUUGCCUCCAAGUUGAGCCGUGUGGUGCAGCUGACUGGUUUCUCUGACUCAGUCUAUGCUGAGGCCUACGUGACUGUCCACCAAUUCGAUAUUGUUCUGGAUGUCCUGCUAGUUAAUCAGACUAGCGAGACUCUGCAGAACCUGUCUGUGGAGUUUGCCACUCUGGGCGAUCUCAAGGUGGUCGAGCGACCAUCCACACACAACCUGGGUCCUCGGGACUUCUUGAACGUUCAGGCUACAGUGAAGGUGUCUUCCACUGACACUGGUGUGAUCUUUGGUAACAUCAUCUACGACGGUGCCAGCUCCACCGAGACCCAUGUGGUCAUUCUCAACGACAUUCAUGCCGACAUUAUGGACUACAUCCAGCCCGCUCACUGCACCGAAACCCAAUUCCGCACCAUGUGGACCGAAUUUGAGUGGGAGAACAAGGUUAACAUUAACUCCAAGGCCAAGACCUUGCGGGAAUUCCUGAAGCAACUUAUGGAGAGCACCAACAUGGCCUGCCUGACCCCCGAUGCUUCUCUGAAGGGCGAUUGUCGAUUCUUGUCUGCCAACCUCUACGCCAGGAGCGUAUUCGGCGAGGAUGCUUUGGCGAACCUGAGCAUUGAAAAGGAAGCUGACGAUGGACCGAUCACUGGCUUUGUUCGGAUCAGAAGUCGCUCGCAGGGCCUGGCCCUAAGCCUGGGUUCCUUGAAGGGCCUCAAGGCCGCGGCGGCAUGA